AUGGCUGACGUGCUGUGCCCUCCGCCACCCCCGGAGGAGCAGGAGAGCAUCUACCACUGGCUCCCCACCCGGGUGGAAGGCCGCGCCAGGCCCCAGCUACGGUACAUCUCCACCUUCCAUCCGUCUGUCCAGCGGGAGAUUGAGGAGAAGAAGAAGGCACCCUGCCAGACCAUGGGCAUCCCAAAGCUGCAGGUGCCCACCCCAAAGGACUACCUCCGGAAACACUCCAAGGAGCGCAAGGUCCCCAAAUGCACGUACGAGCGACCAAAGCGUCUCCCUGUCAAAGCCCAGGUGCCUCCCCUGUCCGACCGGCCGCUGAUGGGCAUCCAGAGCGAGAAGAACUUCGGCCACGCCAAUGUGGCCGAAGCCAUCAUGGCCAUGGUGAAGAAGCCCCUCCAUGCCUGCGUCGACCAGCGGAGAGGGGAUAAGUACCUCCUGGACGGAUCCAGCCUGGUCCAGAAAUACCUCAAAAAGAAGGACUUCGGGGUGACCCCCAACUACAUCCUGGGUUGUAAGAAAGAAGCUGCAGAGGAGCGCCAAGAGCAAGUGGCCGCUCGGCGGGAGUGCCUGCAGAAGAGACACCUGACCCGCCUCUCCUCCCACGAAUGA